GGAUCUUAGCCAAAAUACCUGUUUCAAAAAUUCCUGGUACACAUUCACAAAAUGGGGAAGAGCUGAGUGGGACAACAGUGAAAUCUGCCGCGACCAAGGAGGUGACUUAGCUUCCAUCGAAACCGAGGAAGAAUGGAAGUUUAUCAAUCAAGAAAUUAAAAAACGUAGUACUUGGAAUGUCAGUGCAUGGCACAUUGGCUUAGAAAAAGGGACAGACGGGAGUUGGACUUGGAAGAGUGGAACGCAACUGAAUAUUUCAAAAUGGCGAAAUUGUGAGAUAAGUGGUAACGGAAAGUUUGCAGAAGUAUCCAAGAAUGGUAGCCUUAAAGCAAUCCGCGAGACCAAUUCCAAAGCUUUUAUGUGUGAAAUUCCUGAAGUAUGCCCAAAUACCUCUUUUAAAGAUUCAUGGUACACAUUUACGAAUCGGGGAAAAACAUGGAACAAAAACAGAGAGAUCUGCCAAAGCCAAGGAGGAGACCUGGUUUCCAUAGAGACAGAAGAAGAAUGGAAUUAUAUAACUAAAGAGAUUCAGAAACACAAUAUUUCCUGUUAUCAUAUUGGUUUAGAGAAAAGGGAUAACAAUUGGACUUGGUUAAAUGGAAGACCUUUUCUGUUUUAG